AUGCAACUCACUUGGAAGGAUAUCCCUACUGUGCCAAAUGGCAAUGAUUUAUUGGAUAUAGUACUUAACCGUACUCAAAGAAAGACACCUACCGUGAUUAGACCUGGUUUCAAGAUCACCCGUAUACGUUCGUUUUACAUGAGAAAGGUUAAGUUUACUGCUGAUGGAUUUAAUGAAAAGUUUACUGAUAUUUUAGGAGGAUUCCCUAAUAUUAAUGAUGUUCAUCCAUUCCAUAGAGAUUUGAUGGAUACUUUGUAUGAAAAGAACCAUUAUAAGAUUUCUUUAGCUGCUGUGAGUAGAGCUAAGACUUUGAUUGAACAAGUUAGUAGAGAUUAUGUGAGAUUAUUGAAGUUUGGUCAAAGUUUAUAUCAAUGUAAGCAAUUGAAAAGAGCUGCUUUAGGUAGAAUGGCCACUAUCACCAAGAAGUUGAAGGAUCCUUUGGUUUAUUUGGAACAAGUUAGACAACAUUUGGGUCGUUUGCCAAGUAUUGAUCCAAACACAAGAACUUUAGUUAUUUGUGGAUACCCCAAUGUUGGUAAAUCUUCAUUCCUUAGAUGCAUUACUAAGGCUGAUGUUGAAGUUCAACCAUAUGCUUUCACCACUAAAUCCUUAUAUGUUGGUCACUUUGAUUAUAAAUAUUUGAGAUUCCAAGCCAUUGAUACUCCUGGUAUUUUAGAUAGACCAACAGAAGAUAUGAAUAACAUUGAAAUGCAAUCCAUUUAUGCCAUUGCUCAUUUAAGAUCAUGUGUUUUAUAUUUCAUGGAUUUAUCCGAACAGUGUGGGUUCUCUAUUGAAGCCCAAGUUAAAUUGUUCAACUCUAUCAAACCUUUGUUUGCCAACAAGUCUGUUAUGGUUGUCAUGAACAAGGCUGAUAUCAUUAAAGCUGAAGAUUUGGCUCAAGAGAAACAAGAUUUGUUGAAAACCUUGUACGAUUUACCCGGUGUAGAAAUCAUGCACACUUCAUGUCAAGACGAAGACAAUGUGAUGGCUGUUAGAAACCAAGCAUGCGAAAAGUUAUUAACUGCUCGUGUUGAGCAGAAGUUGAAGGGUUCUGCUAGAGUUAACAAUGUGUUGAACAAGAUUCAUGUUGCCAGACCUCAAGCCAGAGAUGAUGCUGAAAGACCAGCUUUUACACCUGAAGGGUUUGAUGAUAAAACCAAAUAUGAUGUUUCUGACCCCAACAGAAGGUUAUUGGCCAGAGACAUUGAGGCUGAAAAUGGUGGUGCUGGUGUGUUUAAUGUCAAUUUGAAGGACAACUAUUUGUUGGAAGAUGAUGAAUGGAAGAAUGAUGUUAUGCCUGAACUUUUGGAUGGUAAGAAUGUUUAUGACUUUUUGGAUGCUGAUAUUGCUGCCAAGUUGCAAGCAUUAGAAGACGAAGAAGAAAGAUUAGAAGCUGAAGGGUUUUAUGAUUCUGAUUCUGAGCUUGAAGAUGAAGAGACUGAAGACAUUAGAGAAAAGGCCCAAUGGAUCAGAAACAAACAAAAGAUGAUGAUUAACGAUGCAAGAAACAGAAAGGCAUUGAAGAAUAAGGCCAUUAUGCCCAGAGAUCAACAAAAGAAGACUUUUGAAGAAAUGGAACAACAUAUGUACAACUUGGGUCAUGAUACCACCACAUUGAAGGAGAGAACAGGAAAAUCAGGUAAGCAUAAUGAUAAGAAGGAAUUAUCCGGUGUUGAUAUUUUGAAGAAACAACAAACAGAACGUAAGGAAAGAGUUGGUAAGAGAAGAACUCCUGUUAACCAACCUGAUCGUCGUGCUGGUGGUGUUGCUGAUGGUUCAUUGAGAAGCCACACUGAUAAGAUGGCCAAGAUGGAAAGAAGAGAAAGAAACAGACAAGCCAGACAAGGUGAAUCUGAUCGUCAUAUUGGUACAUCGAUGCCUAAGCAUUUGUUCAGUGGGAAGAGAGGCAUUGGUGAGACUCAAAGACGUUGA